AUGGACCUAGAUCGGAACUUCCCGGCAAACGUGCCGGCACGCAGCUAUGAUGAAUGCGGUAUCCAAAUACGACCGCACUCGUAUGCAGAGAAUAUGAUCGAUCACCCUACGGGAGACGUAUGGAGAGGCACCAGUGAGGGUAGCAGCAACCGCAGUCCCAACGUGACCAGCACCGAUCGCCAUGGACAGGGUGGCAGUACGGAGCCGCUAACGGGAGAAUCUGAAGCGUCGGUUUUCAGCAGCAACCCGACCUCGAUGACGAUGGCUCGACCGACUUGGCGUCCCGAAUACCUGAUGUACGCAAACGAAGCCGCGCGGUUGAAAUCGUUCGAGGCUUGGCCAACGGCGAUGUCUCCGAAACCACAACAGCUGAGCGACGCGGGAUUCUUCUACACCGGCCAAGGCGACCAGGUGAAGUGCUUUAGCUGCGGCGGAGGACUGAAGGACUGGGAGCCGGACGAUGACCCGUGGGAGCAGCAUAGCAUCUGGUACGGUAAUUGCGCCUACAGGACGACGAUGACAACACCGAAACCCCUGGACGACACCAUGGAUAACGAGAGGAUCGCAACCCCGAGCGGCGGUCCCGACGGCAAGAUCUGCCGGAUCUGCUAUGACAGCGAGUACAAUACGGCGUUCAUGCCGUGCGGCCAUGUCGUGGCGUGCGACAAGUGUGCCUCAACCGUCACCAAAUGCCCGAUAUGCCAGCAGCCGUUUUAUAAUGUACUAAAACUUUACCUGUCCUAG